CAUCGCCGGGCGCGGGGAGGCCGCGACGGUAGUGAAUGGAAAACCCGUUUCGAGAUACAAUUUGAACUGAAUAGUCAACUGGAAAAGCAAAUUUUUUCACUCAAAAAGAAAAUGGAAAAACUUCAUGGGAAUCCUUCAGAUAUACUCUCUUCUAUCCCUGCCUAUGAACAAAUGCAGGUGGAAUCCUUAACUACAUUACUUAAACAGCUGGAAAGAAAAAAAAAGGAGUCUUGAAAAUCAAGUGAAAAUCUGUAUGCUGAGACACUGGAACAAGAGAUAAAGGCUUACCAGAAAACCAACAAUGAGCUCUGUGCAUGCCUAGCUGAGAUAUCUCAGAUCUUUGGCUCACACCAAGUUUCUAAAAGGCAACAGAUGGAUCAACUGCCUAGAAUGAAAGAAAAUCUAGUGAAAACGAGAAAACAUAAUCCAGUUAAUCAGAAGAUGAUGAAUACCAUGAAUGGACAAAUAAAAAAGGUUACAAGAUCAAGCCAACUUCUAAAACUCAACCCAUGAUUCCAGAACUGGGUAGAUUUCUAAUUCUUCCAUUUUUUCACCUGUAUUAAACUUGUGAAGUUGCUGUUUAAUGUAUUUUCAGGGAAUGAAAUAGAUGAGAACUAUCAAACUUCUUUUUAGCUCCUCUUUCAGCAGUUUGUUUCUUUGCAUGAAAGUAACUUUUCAAGUGACCCUAAAAUAUCUAAUAAUGUUAGUCAUGAUUUAAAAAAUAUCUUUAGAAGCCUAAAAGUUAACAUCAUUACAGUUGCUGCUAAUUAAUAAUAUAUCUGUGAUCUUCUCUGAUGCGACGUGCUAAUAAUUUUGGUUUUAGUUAACUAUUAACUAAAAAUGUGACUUCAUCAAAACUUUUUUGCUAUUUUAGGCUAUAUUAUUUAGUUUUUUUAAACUCAAGGUUUAAACAGAUACAAGUCAAAUACAUUUAUACUUUGAUUAGACCUAAUAGGUAUUGUGGAAACAGCCUUCAACCAGGAAUCAUUUGGUUGUUAUCCCCACUUUGUCAUGAAUGUAUGAGAUCUUGGUUAAGUUCUUUCACCUCAUCUUUAUUUUUCACAUUUGCAAAAUAAUUGAGGCAAACUAUAUACCUUCUAAGAUUUGUUAUUAUUCUAGAAAACAAUACCUGAAUAUCCAGCUAUUAGGACUUGCCACUUAGCACACGGUACCAACUCAUUUUAUGAUGCUUAUUAAUUAAUAGUGGUUACCUUGUUUUUUGACCAAAAAUUUCAAGUGUCCACAAUACUCAGAGUCCAGAAGUGGGGGUAGAAUGAGGGUAGGAGAAGUCUUCUUUUAAGACAUAAAAUACUGAGCUUUUCUAUUCAUGUUUCGAAUGUAACUGUUCCCUAGAUUUGGAACAUACAUAGGAUUUGCUUGCUCAACUUAGUGAAAUUAUUGGAUUUUAAAUUUCCAGAAAUCACUUAGUAGUAAGUAUAGUUUUCAUUUAAUGGUAUUUUUGUUUUGGGACAUCCUUUUCGUCUGUAUGUCCUUGUGUCUAACCGUCUUGACCUCCAGUGAUCGACAAAUUGGUAUACAUGGUGCCCAUAGAUGUUGGAAAAAAAAAAAAGAGUCUCCAGUUAUGAGAAAAACAAAAAGUUAUGGUUUGAUUGUCAACAUUGUGCUACUGAACUAAGCCGGUGCCUUCAUAGAGAUUGAAUAUUGUUGUUUCUGUUAAUUUUCUGAUAUUUAUGGCAAAACUUCCCAAAAAUCUAAAUUCAAGUACAAAUUUGGUAGCCUGUCAUUUGACUGAUGCAAGGAAAUUUUGUGGAACCUCAGUAGAGCUCCUGAGACACUCCACGAAGUUUCUCCUUUUCCUCCUGAAAAGGCAUUACAUAAAUUUGUUCUAUUUGGCUUUUACCUAAUGAAGUAAAACUGGAAGGGAAGCAUUGUCACUUGGAAAAAUGGUAAAACUUUGGUAUGUACAAAAUGUUAACAGUAGUAUCUGGUAUGUAUGUAAAUUGUCAAUGGUGAUUGUCACCUUGUAAUAUUGUAUAAUUCAAUUGUUUCACACCUACAGAAAUUGUUUCCGGAAAUAUAGGGAAAAAAGGUCUCAACAGAUUCCUAUUGAUGGAACUGUUGAGAGUAAAAAACUUUCCUACAAAGGACUGAAUAAACCUGAAAAUACACCUGACAUUUACUAAGGUUUCUUUGACAUAAUACUGGAAAUUUUUUUUAUGCAUUCUGUCCUGAAUCCACGAAGUUUUUGUUUUGUUUUGUUUUGUUUUGAGUAACCAGGAUCUGCAAAAAGGUUGCAAUUUUUUUUCCAGCAAAGCUAACUUGUCACAUUUUCUCUCCCCUUGAUACCAACACAGCAUACAAAUAGUGGUAGUAAUUUUUGCUACUUAUUUCAGAGUCUGUUUUUGCAUAACUUCCAUAGGGAUUUUGUCUGUUUUAACAAAAAAAUUGGACGUGAGUUUGAUUGUGUGGCUUUGUGUGGAGUUCUUCCAAAAAGUUAAAAAAGAGCUGAACCAAGAAGAGGAGAACCUGUUUGCCUUGUUUGUAGGGUUCCAGAGACCUCCAAAGAAGGUGAGGAAGCUUGCCUCCAUUGGCAGAACUGGACAACCCGGCCAACGAAAAUGCCCUGGUACCCUCGAAAAGAGGAAAGCCCAGGUGGAGUCUGAUGAGACCAACUUUAUACCUGAAGCAUACAUCGACUGGAUGCCACCGGUUCGCUCUAAUCCUGUAUGGAAUAUUUCAACAAAGCCAGCUAAAAAUUGCUGUUAGUUAUUUCUGCCCUGUAAUUUUAUGCAAAAAUAGAAAAAAUGGUUUAAAAGUAAAUUUAGUUUGCAAACUUUUGCUUUGCUGUUAAAAGUUUGGGAUCAAGGUUGAGAAAAUUUGUGUUUUUUUACAUCAGUUGAACCAUUUUAAAAUUUUUUUUUCCUGUAAUUUUUACAUAUCUGCUGUCUUGUUUUGGCUAAUGCCUCCAAAUUUUUUUUUUUUUUUUUUUUUUGGCUUAAACUAAUGAACUUUUUUCCUGGAGUAAAGGACUUUUGCUUUCCACAAUGGACAAAUACCUGGAGAAACUGGUUUUCUUUCACACUAAAACCUAAAAAAAAUGUUCAUCUAAAACUGCAUCCCAACCUCCAUAUAUUCGAUCUUCAUCACCAUGGAAAUGGUGGCAAAAAGUGAAAGGGGGGAAUUGUUAGGGGGAAAAGGAUGUCCCAAAACAAAUUCCAUACAGGCUUUGUGGACUCCACCCCCACCCCAGGUCAAAGCCAAAGACACUGGGAACUCCAAAUCCCAUCACCACCAAAGGGAAGGUGGCUGGGACACGAGGGUGGGGUUAAGCAGCCAGGUGGAUACAAAAGGCAGACACGUGGGCUUUGGGGAUCCCCCAUUUUGGCUCUCCGCCAGCUAGCAGUGUCCGGCCAGCUCUGAGAGUGACUUUGGGUUUCCAGGUCGUCGGAUCGGG